AUGGCGAGAGAGGGUAGGGGAGGAGUGAAAGGAGGACGCGUCGUGGGAUUUCUUGGAGGUCAGAAAAUAAACGAAAAUGUUGCAAAUGCAGAGGGCCGUAAACAGAGGAGGCGAAACUACCUCCAGGAUUCCGCGGCGAUCGUUCCUGUCGUCGUCUCUGCCGAGGCCCCGCCGGAGAUGAGGUUCCGCGAGUUCAAGGAAGACCCGCCGGAGUAUGUUUUGUAUCCAUCAGAGGAAUCGGAUCUAUUUACUCUUGAAGUGGUGCAUAAUGGUUUCUUCUGUGGUUUAAGGGACAAUCUGGAGUAUGUCGUUUCGUCGGUAGAUCACUUUGACUAUUUGACAGGUGACACUUGGUCUAUGGACUGGAUGAAUGAGAUCUUGACAAGUCUGGGCCUUGCAAGAGAUGGGAAACUUCAUUUGUAUUGGUGUUUACCAAACAAGGACAUAAGGGAGGGAUUAGUUCCAUUAGAUUGUGAUGCAGUGAUUAGAAGAAUGGCAAGAGCAAGUCUGAAAGAGAAAACACUAUGUGUGUUUGUUGACCAUACAGAUUUUCUUAGGCAGCUCAGGACUGAUGUGGUACAUAGUAAUGCUCCAGUAGCUAACUCUCCUUCUGCAGUGGCUAGACCUCCUCCUGCUGCAGCACCUUCUAUUGCAUCCAGCAAAAUGGCAGCAGCUGCUGUGUCUCGUGCGGUUCAAGCUAUAUCAAGUGGAUCGUCUAAAUUGCCAAAUGCAGGUGCAUCUCCUCUGCCUGAAGCCUCUUGCAGCUCCUUUGUGGAAGAGGGUGUUAGUGGCAACUUGAGACACAGUGAUAGCGACAGCGACUUUGAGUUUUAUGAUAGCGACUACGAUGUCGAAGAUGGUGAUGAUGACCUAUUUGCUGACAAUGUUGACAAGUCUGUGGGUGAUAACAAUGAGAAGGAAAUGGUUGAUGACAAAGAGGAUGAGGAUGCAUUAGAUGAUGAGACCUUACAACUUGGAGAAGAAAAUAUGGAAGUUUUGAGGAACAAACUGACUGAAUUCAAUCCAGCAUGUGACAUGGAUAACCCUAUUUUUGUUAGGGGAAUGACAUUUAGUGGGGUUGAAGAGUUGAGAAAGGCGUUGGCAACAUAUGCUGUAAGAAAUAGGAAGAAGAUCAAGAAAGUGUUGAAUGAUAGAAGGAGGUUAACUGCACAUUGUGCCGUUGGCUGUCCGUGGUACAUGAGAGCAGGCACUGACUUAAGUCAUACAGCACAUUUACCCACAGUCAGCCAAUCCUGAUCUUGAUCCUACAAAUAUACAAGAGAGCAUGGUCUACAGAAUGCAGCAAAAGCAAAACGAGCACAUGCCAGCAAAUAGAGUUCUAGGGCCUUUGCCUGAAAAUGAAUUCAUUGCAUCUGCUAGAGACAGUAUUCCACAAUCUACAACAACGGUCACAACUGCAUCAACAAGGGGGAAUUUGAGAGCAAGAGGAAGAGGCAGGGCAACAGGAGGAAGAGAAGCUACUACAGCUGGAAGUAGAGGAAGAGGAAAAAGAAAUGCUACAGGUCAUGGUACUGUACAUGCAACCACAAGUAGAGGAAGAAAAACAAGAAAAACCAAUUCUACGGUUGGUAAUGCAGAUGCAAACACAACAAGAGGUCACACCGGCAUUCCUGAUUUGAAUGAUGCUAUUCCUGAGCUAAAUGCACAGGAAUGGCCUCUCAGUCAGAAUGCACCACAAGCAGAUGAUGCAUUAGAUGUCUAGUUGUUUCCAUAUUCAACCUGUAAUUCUCUUUAUUUUCAUUCACUAAAAUCCCAGGUCAUGGUACUACAUCACAGUAUAAUUGCAGUUCUUAUCA